AUGCCUCCCCGCUUCUGGUCCUCGCCCUACAAGAACUCGCUCCUCACGCCCGCAAAGGCGCGCCGCUCUCUCCCUCUCCGCGAAGCGUGGUACUCGGAGCUCCCGACGGCCUCGGCGCCCGCGAGCGACUCGUCCGACCCGGUCGCGGCCGCCGGGGAGUAUUUCCUCGCGCAGGGCUCGGCGGGCGGCUCGCUCGUCGCCGUCCCGUGGAGCGAGACGGGCAAGCACGGCGGCCAGGCGCGCACCGUGCAGACGGGCCUCGGGCGCGUCGGCGCGUUCGCGGCCGAUCCGUGGGGGGACCUGCUCGUCGCUGCGGGCGAUGGAGGACAGAUCAAUGUUGUCGCCCUCCCUUCUCUCGACGAGCUCGCGCCGGGCCGACCGUUCGCCCCCUCGCCUCUCGUCACCCUCCGCACCCCGUCCGCCAAGCCGAUCGACUCGCUCUCGUUCCACCCGCUCGUGGUGUCUCUCUUCCUCGCCACCUCGGCCACGUCGCUCUCGAUCUUUGACGCGGCGUCGGGCGCGAGCGAGGCGGCGUACGGCGUCGAGAUGCCCGGGCCGGCGUGGUGCGCGGCGUGGAGCGCCGACGGACGGUUGGUCAGUGCGGGCGGCAAGGACGGCAAGUUGAGGUUGUGGGACGUUCGUCAGGGUGGAGGACAAGCCGUCUUUGAACUCGCCUCGCACGCCGGCAUCAAGCCCUCGCGCCACGUCCACCUGUCGCACCUGUCGCACCCGGCCCUGUUCAGCACGGGCUUUUCGCGCACGCGCGACCGCGAGUUCUCGGUCGUCGACCUGCGCUCGCCCGGGGGCGCCCCGCUCAAGACGCAGCGCCUCGACAGCGGGACGGGCCUCGUCUCGCCGCUCCUCGACGCCGAGCGCGGCAUCGUGUACCUCGCCGGGCGCGGCGACCAGACGCUGCGCUGGGUCGAGGUGCCCUCCUCGGCCGGGCAGGGCGCGCCGUACAACGAGGGCGCGUGCGCCUUGCCGUUCCCGGCCCAGGGCGCCGCGCUCGCCCCGCCGCACGAGCUGGAGCUCAUGCGCGCCGAGAUCGCGCGCGUCGUCGUGCUCGGCGCAGGGGGCGAGGUCGUGCCCGUCCGCGUCGACGUGCCGAGGAGGCAGUACCUCGACUUCCACCGCGAGCUGUACCCGCCUGUCGCCGCAGGAGUGCCCGCUCGGACCGCCGCCGAAUGGCGCGCCGCCUCGCCCGACGACGUCGCCUUCCUCGACAAGCGCCAGCUCGACCCGAACGUCGCGUGGCCGACCCGCUCGCCGUCGAGUCGCACCGCGCCUGGCACGUCGUCGGCCUCGGUACCGCCUCCUGCGCCCGCACCUGCGCCAGCAUCGCCUGCCGCCGCACCUGCCGCCGCACCUGCCGCCGCACCUGCCGCCGCGCCGGUUUCCUCGUCCGCCGCGCAAGCUCCGUCGCCUCUUCCCGUCGGGCAACAGUCGGCGAGCGCGACACCGGCGCCGGCGCCUCAAGCCGCAUCGUCUGCCUCGACCUCGCCCGCACCUUCCCCUGCGCCGACCCCGACGACCAGCGCGCGCCCCGCGUUCGGCGCCAAGAAGCCCGAGCCCGCACCUACGCCGGCUGCGACGGCCGCACCUGCCCCUGCCGCCGUCGCCGCCCCGCCGACGGCGCAGCUCUCGAGCCUCUCGCUCGGCGGCGGCGCCUCGUCGCCCGCUGCGGCAUCGACUCGCCCUACGCCUACCACUUCGCCAUCGCCUACCUCUGCGCCUGCAUCCGCAUCCGUCAAGCCGUCGAGCCAGGCGCCAACGCUCGGCGGCGCGACCGCGCCCGGCGCGCCGUUCAACCCGGGCUGGUCGCGCAAGUUCCUCACGGGCAAGACGCCGCUCAAGCCCGACUUUUUCGACGUGCACGACCUGUCGACGACGAUGAGCGCCGACGUGGCGCUGCUCAAGGCCUCGACCUCGUACUUCUUCUACCCGCUCUCGGGCCCGGGCGGCCGUCUCGCGUACCACCCGCUCUCGCGCCCGGGCCGGCUUCCCGUCCACCCCUCGUGCGUCGCCGUCGGCGGCACCGUCGUCGAGUUCUGCGUCGACCCGUUCGACCCGAGGAGGGUGUGCGUCGCGGGCGAGGACGGCGCUGUGAGGGUGUUUGAGCUGCCGCUCGAGGACGGGUGGAAGGAGGGCGAGACGAGGAGCGAGGCGAGCGUGGUUCUCAACGACGCCAAGAUGGAGCGCGUCAGCGAGCUCCUGCCGCACCCGGCGGCCAAGGACCUCCUCCUCACCAUCUCGGACGACCGCGGCAACCCGACCGCUCGCCUGUGGGACAUGUCGAAGGGCGACAAGCUGCUCGAGCUGGCCCUGCCCAAAGGAGGGAUCUCGUCCGCCGCGUGGUCGCCGUCCGGCGCUCGCCUCGCGUUUGCGACCAAGAAGAAGGAGCUCUACGUCCUCGACCCUCGCGACUCGACCAACUCGCUCGUGAGCGCGCCCGGGCACGAGUCGAUCCGGCCUUCUCGCCUCGCGUGGGCGUCCGAGGAGGACAUCGUCUCGAGCGGCUUCAACCGCGCCGCCUCGCGCGAGCUCAUCCUGUUCCACCUGUCGUCGUCGGCCAACACGCUCGUCAAGCUCGGCGCGACCCAGCUCGACGUGUCGCCGGCGCCCCUGUUCCCGUUCGUCGACCUCGACACGCGCAUUCUCCUCCUUCACUCGCGAGGCGACCGGUCCUGCCUCGCCUACACGGUCAACCUCGCGCCCAAGGACGCCUACGACGCGUUCGACAAGCUGCCCUCGUUCGAGGCCGGCGGGCUCCAGAGCGGGUGGGCGUUCCUCCCCAAGGCGAGGGGGGACGUGCGCAAGGUCGAGAUCGUCAAGGGCCUGCGCCUCACGCCGAGCACGAUCGAGGUCGUCGCCUUUACUGUGCCUCGCGCAAAGGCCGACUUCUUCCAGAACGACGUCUUCAUCCCGACGCGCAACGUCGAGAAGCCGAGCAUGGCUGCCACCGAGUACCUCGCCGGCGAGAACCGGCCGCUUGAGAUCAUCGACUUGAGGCCGGCCGGCAUGGAGCUUUUGUCGAACGCGCCGGCGCCGGUCAAGAACGUCAGCACCAGGUCCAAGAUCAAGCAGGACGGUCUCACCGACUCGCAGCGAGAGAAGCAGCACCUCGACUCGCUCUUCGAGUCCGCCAAAGCCGACGAGGACAGCGAGGAGGACGAGGCGGUGCAGCCGGUGCGGGCGAGUCACCGGAUCGAGCAGGACGACGACGAGUGGUGAAUCUAGACGAGGUGAAAAUGAGGCUACAGGUUGCAGGCUGC